UUUUUGUUCAGUGGUGGCGCGCUUGUGCAGAACAUGUAUUACCUAACAUCCUAAAUAAAAAAAACCGAAAAUAUUGAAAUUUUAAUAAUAGUGUCCCUUCAAAAACUAUGGCAGCCAGAAUUAUCACAAAUUCGGGUUUACACCGUAAACUGCACGAAUUUAGUUCGGGAUUAGCGAAAUUACCAUCGGGCAAUGGAAUUAUAAGAACAGCUGCGACGGCUUUGCCUAUGUCUGAUUUCGAAAUCCAACACAAACAACCUUUGGUUAAGAAAACUAAACCAAUACCGGUGGCAUUGUACGGUGGACGACAUGCUGUAACAAUGCUUCCUGGGGGAGGAAUAGGACCUGAACUAAUGGUGUACGUAAAGGAAAUAUUUAAAUAUGCUGGAGCUCCAGUCGAUUUUGAAGUCGUAGAGAUUGAUCCCAAGUCGGAUGAAUCAAAUGAUUUAGAGUAUGCGAUUACAUCUAUAAAGCGAAAUGGUGUCGCUAUUAAAGGAAAUAUUGAAACAAAAAGUGAAAGCACCGGUGUGCAAUCUAGAAACGUAGCCAUUAGAAAUGAACUUGAUUUAUUUGUGAAUGUUUUACAUUGUCAUUCGUAUCCCGGUGUACCUGCACGACAAAAAGGCAUCGAUAUUAUAAUUAUUCGUCAAAAUACCGAAGGCGAAUACGCCAUGCUCGAACAUGAGAGUGUCGAAGGAGUCGUUGAAAGUAUGAAAAUAGUAACAAAAUCAAAUUCAGAAAGAGUGGCAAGGUUUGCGUUUGAAUACGCCAAGAGGAAUAACCGGAAGAAGGUUACCACAAUACAUAAGGCAAACAUCAUGAAACUUUCCGACGGAUUAUUCUUGGAAACAUCACAAAAAGUCGCCAAAGACUACCCUGAGAUCGAACACAACGACAUGAUCAUCGACAAUUGCUGUAUGCAGUUAGUAUCGAGACCGCAUCAAUUCGAUGUGAUGAUCAUGACGAAUUUAUAUGGAACGAUCGUUUCUAAUGUUGUAUGCGGCUUAGUCGGAGGUGCUGGAUUACUAUCCGGUAAAAACUAUGGCGAUCAUUACGCUAUCUUCGAACCUGGCACACGUAAUACCGGUACGGCGAUUGCUGGAAAAAAUAUAGCGAAUCCGAUCGCAAUGAUUAGCGCUAGCAUUGACAUGUUAGAUCAUUUAGGUCACAAACAACAUUCUCAAGUGAUUUCUGAUGCAGUACGUAAAGUGAUAUGCGAAGAUAAACUACACACACCAGAUUUGGGCGGUUCAGCUAGUAGUACCGAGAUAGUUCAGAGAAUAAUCGAUUAUAUUCUUCAAACAGAUACAAGAGCUUGGUAAUUAAUUUGAUUGCAUGACUGAUUACUAACAAAUGCGAAUUUACAAAUAACGUGCUACCUUUUAUUUAUUACUAACUGCGAAUUGAUUUAGCAUUUCAAUUGACUACAGAUAUAAAUAACAAAUUUUCGAUACAAUUCUCAAAAUUCAUUGUAAGUUUGGAUUUGUGUUGUAAAAAUGGGCAUGGAUAAUGCCCUAUUUAUUUGCAAAUGUUAGCUAAAGCUGGCAGUUGUCCUAGUCAGUUUAGAACCUGGGGAAUUAUUAGAUAUGUACCUAUUUUCAGUAUUGAUUAGGUUAAAGUAACGGGUUAAGUUAUUUGGGCUGUAGUUAAUUUCUAGAUGUGUUGGUCUGCAAAAGAAUGUAACAAUGUGUUUGUUUGUGUCUACAAUAUAUACUGCUUAUUAUCUGCA